AUGAUUCUUAUUUCAAUAAAAAUUGAAAAAUCAGAGAAUUUGCAUCAAAGAAUAAAGAAAGAUUAAGAUGAUUCAUUUUAGGAACUAAAAUUAAUUAAAAUUGAUUGUGUUGCCAUUCCUGUUAAUAAAUACAAUUUUAAAUAAAGCUUACCUUCUUUUAUUAAAUUAGAGUCUUUAUAUACUGUACUAGAAGAUAUCGUGAAUUUAGCUUAAAAUGAUAAAGAACAUUUCUUGCAAUCAGUAAGAACAAAUGUGGCAACUCUUGAUUGUAAUUAUGUCCUACUGGUAUUUUGUCCAAAUUACGAUAAGACAGUUGGAAGACAGAUAUAACUAGCUAAUUGUUUUCGAGACAUACUGUUAUACUCUUUAAAGUGUUUGAAGCUUUAUACAUGUUGUCUAUGCUUAGAUGACAUAUAUAAUAAUUUAAUAGAGGAUUAAAAUGAUUUACCUAAGGAUACUCCAAUCAAUGCUUUUAAGGAAGCAAUCAACAAGUAUCCUGAUAGUUUAAAUUGGAGUGAAAUAAAUUUUAAUAAUAAAAAUUGGAUUGUUGUUAAAAAAGAUCCCCUAAAAUUUAAGUUGCAUGGAAUAUCAGUUUCCAUUUAUAAAUAAGAUAUUACUGAAAUAAAAGGAAUAGAUGCCAUUGUAAAUGCAGCUAACAAUCUCCUUUAGAAAGGUGGUGGAGUUUGUGGAUCUAUCUUUCGAGCUGCUGGUGAAUAUCAAUUAGAAUAGGAAAUCGAUUAAAUUUUUUAAAAACUUGGUAGAAACUAAAUUGAAACUUCGGAGGUAGUGGUUACCAAUAGUUACAAAUUAAAGUCGUUUUAAGGACCAAACUAUAUUUUUCAUGCUGCUAGUCCUACCUAUAAUUAAUAAGAACCUUAGAAAUCAGUAGAAUAGCUUUAUAAGUGCAUUUUAAAUGUAUUACAAAAAUGUUAGGAAAUGAAAUUAUCAUCGAUUGCAAUUCCAAUGAUUUCUGCAGGUAUUUACGGGUUUCCAUUAUUUAAGUGUGCUGAAGUCUUUUAUUAAGCAAUUCUAAAUUUUAAUUUUUAAACACCUCUGUCUAUACAUAUUGUUGAUAUUCUUGAUGAAAAUGUUGAAAUAUUGUAGAUUAUUUUUAAAGGUGAAAGAUUAAGGGAAAUUAUUCAAUCAAAAUUAGACUCUGCUCCUCCAACUGAUUGUUUAGUAGGUCCGAUUGAUCUUAAAUCUUAUAAUUCUGGAGUUGUUAAAAUGCUUUUCGAAUUAGCAGGACCUUCCUUUAAGAAUGAAUUAGAAUAUAAAAUUAAGUAUUACUAAACGAAGGAUGAUAUCGAAUACGGUUAAAGCUUCUUAAUUCAAGGCUAUAAAUUGAAAUUUAAUAACAUUUAUCAAGUUUUAUUGAUUUCUACACCUCAAAAUUUAAAUGGAAAUAAGUCAUGUUUAUUAUACUAAGUAUUUUUAAAGAUAUUGGUUGAGACAUUUCUAAAGAGAAGGCUCUCUUCAAUUACAAUAUUGAUCUAUGGUAUACUUCAAUAAUGUUUGACUAAUGAAGAGGAAUUAAAAACAUAUGAUGGAACUAAAGCAAUUAAUAUAUUUUUAGAAGUAAUCAAGGAUUAUUAAUAAAAAUACAACCUAGAGUGUGGGAAAAUCACAAUAUUAUCAAAUGUACCUUAAUUUUGCACUGAAUGUGAAUUAAUUUUUAAGUGA